CCCUCUCUCCACCCCAAGGGAGAAAAUUCCCCACUUCAGUCUCCGCACCCAGCGUCGAUGCCUCUCCGCCGCCGCCUCCUAGGUCUGUCCGGCGGCCUCCGCCGCUCGCUCGCCACAGCCGCCACGCAUCCCCCGUGGGCCAUGAUCAACCGCACGGUGGAGGUCGUCGAAGCGCCGAGCGCGGACGUGCGCCUCGCCGAGCCACCGCUCGUCUCCGAGCUAUGCGUCCCGGAGCGCCUCGUCAAGACCAGGGGCAGCCCCGACCCCGACGGCGACGUCGUUCAGUCGCUCGCCGGCGGCGUCUUCGCCGCGAGCGGCGACGGCCUCCUCUUCCUCUCCUGCCUAGACCUGCGCUCCACCGCUCCCGGCGCCUCUCGGGUGCGCCUGCAUCCCUCCGGCCUCGACCCCACCCACGUCCCCAGCGUCACGCGCCUCGUCUGCAACCCUCUCACCCGCGAGCUUCGUCGCCUCCCGGACUCCGGCUUCGACCCUGUGGGCGACGUCCUGUGCGGCCUCAACAUGGGCCUCCUCACCCAAGCCGAUCGCGGGCACGGGCCGCCUGACAAGUUCGCCGUCGCCGACCUGCGGCAGGGGAACCACAUGCUCCGGUUUCUCUCGGAAACAGGCAAGUGGGAGAACGUCGCGCUCUCGCCGUGCCAGGUCCCACUUGCGCGGCGGCAGCCAGUGACGCCAGACCAGGCGACGCUGGCAUUCGGCGGUCGCCUGUGGUGGAUCGACUUGUCCUGGGGCGCAAUCUCCGCCGACCCGUUCAGCGACCGGCCGGAGCUCUCCUUCGUCGAGCUGCCGAGGGGCAGCGUGCUGCCGGCUGGCGCGCAGAAAGAAGCGUUUCGCCGAGGGAGCUUGCUGCCUGACGCUGAGGGCAGGGCGUGGUGGAAGCAGGCGUCCUUCAGUUACCGGCGCAUGGGUGUCAGCGAAGGGCGGCUGCGGUACGUCGAGGUCUCUCACGAGGAACCGUUUCUUCUCAGAUCCUUUGUUCUCGACGACGAAGGCACUGGCUGGACGCUGGAGCACCGGGUGGUGCUCAACAAGCUCUGGGGCAGCACCAUGGGACUACCUUUACAGGAGAGGGGGUCGACACGCAUUUUCCUUAUUGACCCGCUUAAUGCCAAUGUCGUUUACCUCACGGCUCACAGGAUUGCCGUCGUCGCCGUGGACAUGGACAGGCAGGAGGUGAUUGGAUGUUAUCCCUAUAGAAGCGACCUCUGUAUGCCAUGCGUCCUUCCACCGUGGCUUCGAUCGAGCCGGAUCCCUUCUGCAGGCAAGAAGUAUGUUGAGAAAAACAAGACUCUGGCAGAUGUUCUAGUUCGUUUACAAAGCCACUAGAAGGUUUCUUAAAACUAAGGUGCUGGUGCUCUAAUCAACUAGGAGGCUCAUGGUGGUAGCUUAGUAUGCUGGGGCGAAAUCUGGAGAAGCCUGUGUUUUUGGGGUGCUGAUCAACUCACUGUAUCUUGGUUCGUUGGAGAUGUGGUACUUCUGUCAGACUUUUGGUUCGCUCCAGUAUCUGCCGUAAACACCAGUAAGAUGGUUCAUUCGUCACAAAAUUGGUGCCCCUGCAAUGUUUACUCUGAUGAGAUAUUUAGGGACCUCUGCUUCUGCCAUAGGUGCUGAACUGACUAUUUGAUGGAACGGUUCAGUAUUCGCUGCCCUGAGCUAUGUAGUAGUAGUAUAAUUUUGUGCCAAUCGGUCGUGCAUUGAACUCGUUUAAGUGAGAAGGAUGAAAUGAGAUUGCUUUUUGCGCCUUGAUGGCUCUUAAUUCAGAAGGAUGAAAUGAGUAUGCGGAGUU